AUGAGCAGAGUCGUAGCGAUUGGCAUUUUUCUGCUUUCACUGACAUCAUGGCCUGUAGCAAUAGUGUUAAACAAGUUGAAUAUAUUAAAGAGUGAACGUGCUGUAUUGUUGGCAGGGGCCCUUUACAUUGGGGUUGUUCUGGUUGCAACAUUGUUUCUGUUUCGACGCAACUUCAGAAAGGUGGACCCUUUCAUGUAUGCAUUUAGCCUCUUUUGUGUGGAUGCAACAAGCAGCUUCUUUAAUGCUUUGGAAUCAGAUGGCUACUUGAAAGUUCCUCAAUUGUCCAAUGUGUCAUCUGUGGAGCCGUACCUGGAGACAGCCCAUGGAAUUAUGACAUCUUACUGGAAUGGAAUAGUCCACUUCAUUUUGUGUCUUGCAUCUGUAGCACUCUACACAAACAGGGACAGCCACCGUGAGGUAAUCUUGUACUGGGCAGGGUCAUUGCUGAACAGCAUGGUGGUGUUAUUGCCAGCUUGUGCUACAGGCAACAUUGGAAUAAAAGCAUCAACCCUCUUCAACUUAUUGUAUGUUGUGUUGCCGGUUGUUGUCAUUUUUUACUACAUUGAGAAGCGUCCAUUUCAAGCAAGGACAUUUGUCAAGUAUGAAACAAUACUGAAACGACCAGUUGCUCUCCUUUUCCUGGCUUACUACUUGGCAGCAAUUGUACUUGCAGUUUCCAGAGGAUUGACAGUCUUAGGUGGGCGUACGUCAGGCAUAACCUUCUUGAAUAAAUAUGAACCCUAUCUGAAAGACCCAUCAGGUUUUCCAAAGUUUCAGGCACUGACAUAUGAAUACCUGUUUGUAGUGUACUACUUAGUAGCAAUCUAUGGAUUGUUCAAUCCUGGCCAGCAUUGGAUGGCUGACUGGUCAUUGGUUCAUGCAGGAGCAGCAGCUCAAGCCCAGUUCAGUUACAUAUCUAGCUCUCUCCAUCGCUUGACUCCGAGAGAUUACCAGUCACCCAGGACUGGUACGCCUGCCAUUGUUUUUUGGACCGUUAACCUGGCUUUGUUCAUUGUGCCCCAUCUGUUUGCUUGGUGGUGUCAGAGGGACCCAGAAAAUUUUGGCAGAACCUACACUGUGGACCUGGCAACCCCAGUACAGACUUACACCGUCAGUAGCAGCAGGCGGACUGUGAGAUCAUCAAAGGCAGAGUAA